GCAUCUCGUCGUAACGUUAGGUUCCCCGUUGCGCUCCACUCUUUGGUCCUGCCAAGCUGUUUGUUCCUGGAUGCGGGAGCUGCGGGCAAGCUCCACACAGUGCAGCAGCCGCUAAUCCAGCCGCGGCACUGCCUUCCCAACCACCUCCGAAUGAACGGUGAUAUCGUUUGGUGAUACCCGCACCCUUUCGUCUGCACUAUAUUGGGCGCUUUUUCAUAGCACAAUGUCGAACCUUCGAGGCAGAGGAAGUAACGCACGCGGAGGCCGAGGAGGUGCAUGGCAUGGUCAAUCCUCCGCGCUGAAAGGAACCUUUCUCAACGGCGUUUGGCACUGUGAUUGCACCCCUCCGUUGCCUGCAGUACAUUUCCAGACAAAGAAGGCAGGUCCAAACAAUGGGAAAUGGUUCCGAACUUGCCAGAAACCGCAGGAACAACGUUGCAAAUUCUUUCUAUGGGACACGGAAGCCCAUCCGCGUGAAGCUGCCGCCCUAGCGAGCAACUCGCGCAGUGAGCCUGAUCAUGGAACUACGACUACACCCCGAGCCCAACGUGCUGUGUCCCCUCCCCCAACAUACGCGCCAGACGCUGGCCCUUCAAGGAGUGGUAGGAAGCGUGACCGAGCGACAGCCCAAGAAGAGCAAGAUGAAUUCGACUUGGGCGAAGGCAAUGCUGAUAUUCGAGACGAGCUCGAUCAGGUCAUGGCAGCUGCAGAAACACCGAGCAAGAGGCCCCGCACUGAUGCUUUUGCAACUCCUUCUCGUCCAGCUAGGCGCAGGCUGCCAUGGCAGACCGACCCUGAACCCCUACCAAGUGCACUGCCGACGCCACAAACAGAAUCGCGAACCUCAAAUGAACUCUUCCCAACGCGGUUUACUGCUCCUGGAGGCUCAUUGCUCACUCCUUCACGUUACCAUUCAUCCGAAGAGUUCGGCACGGUGACACCCAGCUCCUCUCCGAACGAAACCCCCACGCCGGCUCGCUUCAAGAACGCUUCCGAGCACGAUCUCGUCCGAGAUGCCUUCGAUGUACUGCGCGAGGCGAACGUUGAGCUGAGCGAACAGACAAGAAGAAACCUGGCUGCGAUUCUUUCGAGGCAUGCGACCAUCGCUGAAGGUGUGAAGAAGGGGCGCAACGUUGCAAGAGCCUCAAUAACCGCCAAGACAGCAAAAGUAACCGAGCUUACGUAUCGCGUGAGCACGCUUGAAGCUGAGUUGGAGGCCGAAAAGGCAAAAGUUAGCCAUCUGCAGUGGACCGUGGAGCACGGGCAGCAAUCAGAUUAAUGUUUGCUUCAAUGUCAAUGUUAACCUUUAGUAUUCUGUAAUAUGGGCUUAUGGCUGAGUUGCACAAUCUGCACCCGCCGUAUCGUGCUACAUCGCGAGCGAUGUCGCGUUGGAAUAGGCCCAUCGAAACCAUGCAUUCACACAUGCCUCCUGCUGGUCAUCAUUGGCAUCUAACAGCCAGAGUCACAGGUUCUUAUCGCGGGCUGCGCAGGUGCAUGCCAAUACAGAACUAGAAAUGUAUCUGGCAUCGCUCACGUGGCAGGAUGCAGUUUUGGCGCCUAGCAUUGAUAUGAUGCUGUUUAUGAGGGCGCCACUAAGAGGUGGAAAUAGAGCCAGGGCGUAAGCGGAACUGGGAGCGUUACUAGCGUGGCAAUUAAGCGAGUUUGGGCAACUACACGUCAAGCUUUCUUCAUUUCAGGUGCAUGCU